AUGGGGAUACAAGGCAAAGUGUUUGCCGUCACUGGCGCUGGUUCAGGAAUUGGAAGAGCCACCGCCAUCCGGCUCGCAGAACUGGGGGCCAUUGGCAUCGCCAUCAGUGACCUAGACCAGCCUGGCCUGAUCGAGACGCAAAAGUUAUGUAGCCAAUACUCAGCAGCAGAAGUCACGACCACCAGAGUCGAUGCCAGCAAUGCCGAACAGGUUGACUCGUGGCUCAAGGACACAGUAAAGCGCUUCGAAAGGCUUGAUGGAGCAGCAAACAUUGCAGGUAUUGCAGGUGGGGACGGUCAAAGCACCGAGUCCAUUGACCAAGCAGCAUGGGACAAAAUGUUGGCGGUCAACCUCACCGGCGUGAUGGUCUGUAUGAGGGCCGAACUCCCGCAUCUUACCAGGCCAGGAGGGUCCAUCGUCAACGUUUCGAGUACUUCGGGCCUGCGAGGUCUACCCAACAAUGCAGCAUACGCAGCGAGCAAGUUUGGUGUACUCGGCUUGACCGAAUCUACGGCGGCGGAAUACGGCAAGCAGGGAAUCAGAGUCAAUGCAGUUCUACCAGGCCCUAUCGACACCAAGAUCUUUCGUGAAGGUGAAGCAAAGGGACUUUUCAAUGCCGAUGUCGUGAGUGCCGGCACUUUGAUGGGCCGUAUGGGUCGAGCAGAAGAAGUGGCCAAAGUCAUUGCCUUCUUGCUGAGCGAUGAUGCCUCGUAUGUGACGGGUGCACGGUGGACAGUCGACGGCGGGUAUUCGGCAUGCGGUUUCUACAGGGCAGGUUGA